AUGUCACUUUCACCUGUUUCUCUUCUUUUUUAGGACACUGGUGUGGGCAAAUCCAGCAUUGUGUGGAGAUUUGUAGAAGAUAGUUUUGAUCCCAACAUCAACCCAACAAUAGGAGCCUCAUUUAUGACCAAGACUGUACAGUAUCAAAAUGAGCUGCAUAAAUUCCUAAUUUGGGAUACAGCUGGACAGGAGAGGUUCCGUGCACUAGCCCCGAUGUAUUACAGAGGCUCAGCAGCAGCAAUUAUAGUGUAUGACAUCACAAAAGAGGAAACUUUCUCGACGUUAAAGAAUUGGGUUAAAGAGCUUCGCCAGCAUGGACCUCCCAACAUUGUUGUAGCUAUUGCAGGAAAUAAGUGUGAUCUCAAUGAUGUAAGGGAAGUCAUGGAAAAAGAUGCUAAAGACUAUGCAGAUUCCAUUCAUGCAAUAUUUGUAGAGACGAGUGCGAAAAAUGCAAUAAACAUUAAUGAACUCUUUAUAGAAAUUAGUCGCAGAAUUCCAUCAACUGACACCAACCCCCAGUCGAGUGGUAAAGGCUUCAAACUUCGGCGACAGCCCUCGGUGACAAAGCGCAGCUGCUGUUGACUGACCCCUUAGAAACUCAAACUUGUUUAUACAGUAAGGUGGUCUUGGAAGUUCAUAGUUCACGUUGGGUUUAUAUUCUCAGUCUUAGAUCCUUACCUGCUGGUGUUCAUACACCCGAGGUCCCC